AUGUUUUGCAAGUCGCUAUUUUUUGUCGUGCUUUUCAUCAGAACAUCUAAAAGCGAAGAAACUUUGCAGCCACUAAUUCAUAAUGGAAUACCUGCGCAAGAAGGAUCAUUUCCUUAUCAAGUUUCAAUUAGAUAUAAAAUUUCGGAUUGGCAUUUGUGCGGAGGCGCGAUAAUCGCGGAACAAUGGAUUGCAACUGCCAAGCACUGUAUCGAAGAAAGUCAACCAGGUGAUUUACAAAUUUAUGUUGGAAGUAUUUAUAAAGAUCAUGGAGGUGUUUAUUACGAUAUUGAACGACUAAUUCCGUAUCCAGGAGAUUAUUGGAUAUUGGAGCAGGACUUUGGAUUGAUUCAAGUUAACGAAAAGAUUCGCUUUAAUGACUUUACGCAACCCAUUAGUAUAGCAGCCGAGUAUUGGGAUUUCCAACCUGACGAUAGGGUCAAUGUUAGUGGAUGGGGCGUCAAUGAAAAACAAGAAAGUCCCAAUCAAUUGCAUUAUACUGAAACAUUUCUCGAUUAUUCCAUCAUCUGUUUGAUUAUCUUUCCACUUUAUGCUAACGAUGCCAUUGUCUGUACACAAAAAUUUCAACCGGGAAAUGCCUGCUAUGGUGACUCGGGAGGCCCGUUAGUUCGAAAGGGGAAACUCGUAGGUGUUGUAAGCGGCGGAUGGAAAUGUAGCACCGGAUACCAUUCCGUAUACUCUAAAGUUCAUUACUAUCAAAACUGGAUAAAUUCACAAAUGCAGCGUUUCUCGAAGCCUUAG